ACACAGAGGGAGAGAGAGAGAGAGUCUGGCGCGCUGCUGUUAGCGCAUUCCCCAUCAGCGGCUCAACGUACAGGGAAACGGAUCCUCUCCGCGUCCAAACACGCCGUUUUCUGUGUCCGUGCUUUCGCUUAGCAGUCAUGACGGUCGUAAUUCCCAUCGUGGACGAAACGAGCAGCUGAUUCGGGAGGAAUCUGUGUUUUAUCUGACUAAAACACGUCUGUGGGAUAGAGACUACGGAGCCGCCGCGACCGUUGUUACAACUUUUGUUGCAAUCAAGCACGCGCGUUCACGCUAUGCUACUGACGGGUGCGUGUUUUUCAAAAGAAAAACAAUAAUCAACUUUUAGCUUUGUGGAUUACAGAAUCAACAGUUGUUUCGAGUACUUUUAAUCGUGUUUGGUAAGUUUGACGGCAAGCAGUAACGAGCGAGGACACGGCGGUUGCUGGGAGUUUGCAGAGUUUACGACAAGGAUACCGUGUGAUCGUUUCUCGAAGGUAAACAUGGACAACCUGGAUUUAAAUACAUGCGUCAAGGAUUAUUUCUGAACGUUUUAUUCCCGCAUUGAGUGGACUGCGCUGUUUUCCGUGCACUUCAGAGUCGACACAAACUCUAGAUUUUGUGACCGUUUGCAAGACAAGCCCGUAACGUUAAACAUGCCGCAGCUUAACGGAGGCGGAGGGGACGAGCUCGGGGCCAACGAUGAAAUGAUCUCAUUUAAAGAUGAAGGCGAACAGGAGGACAAAAUCUCCGAAAACGUGUCCGCCGAGAGAGAUCUGGACGAUGUGAAGUCGUCUCUGGUGAAUGAGUCGGAAAAUAACAGCAGCUCGUCCGAUUCUGAGCAAACCGAGAGGCGACCUCAACCAAGAGCAGAUCUCGAAAGUUACGAGAAAGCCCGAGAGUAUUUCACCGAAGCUCUGAGAAGACAGCAAGAUGGAUGCUUUUUUAAGAGCCCCCAUUAUCCUGGCUACCCGUUUCUAAUGAUCCCAGAUCUCGCCAAUCCUUACUUGUCCAACGGCGCCCUGUCUCCGAGCGCAAGAACGUAUCUGCAGAUGAAGUGGCCUCUUCUGGAUGUUCCAGGAUCAGCGGCGCUCAAAGAUUCACAGUCGCCUUCACCAGGACACUUAUCUAAUAAGGUCCCGGUGGUCCAGCACGCACACAUGCACCCGCUGACGCCCCUCAUCACAUACAGCAAUGAGUUUCCUCCAGGAACUCCUCCAGCACACCUCUCGCCUGAGAUACUCGAUCCAAAGACAGGUAUUCCUCGCACGCCCCACCCGGCAGAGCUCUCACCGUAUUACCCUCUGUCUCCUGGAGCCGUGGGGCAGAUCCCGCACCCGCUGGGCUGGCUCGUUCCUCAGCAAGGGCAGCACAUGUAUCCCAUCACCGCCGGGGGUUUCCGUCACCCGUAUCCAGCUCUAGCCAUGAACGCAUCCAUGUCCAGUUUGGUGUCCAGUCGCUUUUCUCCUCACCUCGUCCCUCAUCAUCCUCAUGGUCUUCAUCAGACGGGCAUCCCUCAUCCGGCCAUAGUCUCUCCAGUCAUCAAACAAGAACCCAACGGAGAGCUCAGUCCGCCAGUUAACACGAAGUCUCCAGGCCCCAAUAAGAAAGACGAGGACAAGAAACCUCACAUAAAGAAGCCUCUGAACGCGUUCAUGCUCUACAUGAAGGAGAUGAGGGCUAAAGUAGUGGCCGAGUGCACGCUGAAAGAAAGCGCCGCCAUCAACCAGAUCCUCGGCCGCAGGUGGCAUUCGCUAUCACGAGAAGAACAGGCCAAAUACUACGAGCUGGCCAGGAAAGAGCGGCAGCUGCACUCACAACUAUAUCCAGGCUGGUCUGCCAGAGAUAACUACGGCAAACGCAAGAAGAGGAAGAGAGAUAAUAAGACAGACUCAACACCAGAGGAUUUCUCCAUGCGGAGUAAGAAGCCAUGUGUGCAGUACCUUCCUCAGGAGAAGAUGAUUGACAGCCCAGGCUCCUCCCACGGCAGCAUGCUGGACUCUCCGGCCACGCCCUCUGCAGCUCUGGCAUCACCCGCUGCACCAGCCGCCACACACUCUGAGCAGGCGCAGCCGUUGUCCCUGACCACCAAACCAGAGAGAUUCCCGCUGCUGUCCAAACCACCGCCAUCUUCAUCAUCAUCAUCAUCCUCCUCCUCCUCUGGGCUGCCAACUCCGCCCCUUCUCUCCAGGCCACUCCCUUUCGCCCUCCUCACUCCGCCCUCUCCGUUCCACCAGGCCGCUCUUCAUUCCCAUCAUGCUCUGUUCCAGUCGCAGCCGCUUUCUCUGGUCACCAAAUCCAGCGACUGACAAUUCUGUUGAACAAACACCACACUUUACUAAAUAGACUCCUUUUACAGAGUUCAACAGGAGAGUUUUAGCAUGUUUAAAUCUAUUCAGCUGAUCUACUAGUCUGGGGCUAACACUUUAGCUUAGCUUAGCAUAGAUCAUUGAAUCGGAUUAGACCAUUAGCAUCUCACUCAAAAAUGUUAAAAAGCGUUUUGAUUAAUUUUCCUAUUUAAAGCUGGACUCUUCUGUAGUUUCAUCCUGUUCUAAGACGGAACACUUUUAGCUUAGCUUAGCAUAAAUCAUUGAAUCAGAUUAGACCAUUAGCAUCUGGUUUGAAAAUGUUUUAAAUGAUUAAAUUAUAGUUUAAAUUAUAGAAAAUGGAAAGUUGCUAUUUUGUAGGCGGAUAUGACUAGAAACUAUACUCUCAUACUCACACUUCUAUUUUAAGUCGCUGCGUAAUAUCACUGCGCCUGCUGUAGCCUAAAGUUAAUUAAUUAUUACGCUAGAGUGAGAUUAUAGUUCGUAGACAUCAGUCUAGAGAAUAACAACUGUUCAUUUCACGUCUUUCAGUCUCAGUACACGAAGAAACUACAGAAGAGUCCAGCUUUAAGUAGGAAAAUCAUCAAAACUAUCAUUUUAAAUAUUUAUAAACCAGAUGCUAAUGGCCUAAUCCAAUUCAAUGAUUUAUGCUAAGCUAAGCUAAAAGUUUUCAGUAUUAGAACAGGAUGAAACUACAGAAGAGAGUCCAGCUUUAAAUAGGGAAAUUAUCAAAACAUUUUACAUUUUUAAAUGAGAUGCUAAUGGUCUAAUCUGAUUCAAUGAUUUAUGCUAAGCUAAGCUAAAAGUGUGAAACUACAGAAGAGUCCGGCUUUAAAUAGCAAAGUCAUCAAAACUGUCAUUUAAAAAAAAAAUAAACCAGAGGUUAAUGGUAUAAUCCGAUUCAAUGAUUUAUACUAAGAUAAGCUAAAAGUGUUCAGUCUUAAUACAAGAUAAAAUUACAGAAGAGGCCAGCUUUAAAUAGGGAAAUUAACAAUACUCUUUUUUUUACUUUUUUGAGUGAGAUGCUAAUGGUCUAAUCCGAUUCAGUGCUUUAUGCUAAGCUAAAAGUAUUCAGUCUAAGUACAGGAUUAAACUACAGAAGAGUCCAGCUUUAAAUAAGGAAACUAUCAUAACUUUUUUUUUUUUUUUUUACAUUUUAAUCCAGAUGCUAAUAGUCUAAUCUGAUUCAAUGAUUUAUGCUAAGCUAACCUAAAACUGCUCCAGCCAGACCUUGAGAUCAUCUGAAUGGAUUCAAACAUGGGAAAACUCAGCUAAGAAAGCUGUAAAAUUAGUCUAUUUCCCCCCCAAAAAAGUGUGGUGUUGCUUCAAACAUCUGUUCAACGAUGCUGUACAUUUGCUUUUUACCUUUCCCAGAAAUAGAUGUCAGGUUCAACUUUUUUGAUAAGUGAAAAGGAAAUAAAUAUUAUUGGUCAAUAUUUGAUCAUCUGCUUUUUCUGUGUCUGUAUAAAACAAUGUAUUUUUUGUAACGUCUACUUUGGAACUGGUUUCUUAUUUGAUGCAUUUAUUCAGUAAACUUGUAUAAAGGAUACGUGUAUUAAAAUAACUACUUUUAAAAGACACGAAGGAACAAAACAACAAAAAAAAGAAACUUUAAGCUUGCCUGUAAUUAAAUGGUAGUUUUGGAGUUUAAUUCAUAGUAAUGGCGAUUUAUUAGUCCUCUUUGCAAUGACCCCUCUACCCCAGUUUUGAAGUGUGUGAACUUGAUAAAUAAAACUUGUAAAUUGUUUCUAAAAAA